AUGGGUUCUACCGAGUAUAAGUUUGAAGGAUGGAUGGGCCUCAACAAGGAGGCCGCCCAAGGCAACAUGGUCUGGCAGCAGUUUGAGCCCAAGCCCUGGGAGGAGACCGAUGUCGAUAUCAAGGUCACUCACUGCGGCAUUUGCGGCUCUGACAUGCACACUCUCCGCAGCGGUUGGGGACCUACCAACUACCCUUGCUGUGUUGGUCACGAAAUCGUCGGAAUCGCUGUUCGCGUGGGCUCCCAGGCCGAAGGAAACAUCAAAGUCGGCGACCGCGUCGGUGUCGGUGCCCAGAGCGGCGCCUGCCAGAACGUCGACGGUGAUUGUGAAGCUUGUGCCAAUGGUCUCGAGCAGCACUGCAACCGCAUGGUUGGUACAUACAACGGAACCUACGCCAACGGCGGCAAGUCCUACGGUGGAUACUCUCUGUACAACCGCUCGCCCUCUCACUUUGUGAUUAAGAUCCCCGAUGCUAUUCCCUCCGCUGAGGCGGCGCCGAUGCUCUGUGGUGGUAUCACCACCUACUCUCCCCUCCGCCAAAACGGUUGCGGUCCCGGCAAGAAGGUUGGCAUUGUCGGCGUGGGUGGUCUGGGUCACUUCGGUAUCCUCUUCGCCAAGGCGCUCGGCGCUGACCAUGUUGUCGCCAUUUCCCGCAAGUCUGACAAGAAGGAGGAUGCCCUCAAGCUGGGUGCCGACGCUUACAUUGCUACCGGCGAGGACGAGGAUUGGGUGAAGAAGAACGCCAACUCCCUGGAUCUGAUCAUUUCCACGGCCUCCUCUUCCAAGAUGCCCCUGAUGGGCUACUGCCAGCUUCUCCGCCCCCGUGGCACCUUUGUCCAGCUGGGUGCUCCCGAGGACGGUCCCUUCGAGCUGCCCGCUUUCGCCCUGAUCGUGAAGGGUAUCAAGAUCGGUGGCUCCCUGAUCGGUAGCCCCGAUGAGAUCCGCGAGAUGCUCGACCUGGCCGCUUCCAAGAAGGUCAAGCCCUGGGUUGAGGAGCGUCCCAUGAAGGAUGCUAACCAGGCCAUCCAGGACAUGGACGCUGGUAAUGCUCGCUUCCGUUACGUUUUGGUCAACGACCAGUAA